AUGUCAACCCGACCAGCGGCAGUGACGCGGAAGUCGACAAAGUCGGAAUACAUCGAGACGGAUACCGGAAACAAAAUCUCUCGCAAGGCCAAAAUUGAAGGCAAGCCAAACAUCAUGCUGGGCGGCAGGACCGUCAUCAUGGCAGAUGUCUACAUGCGAGGUGAUUUGCAUCGCUUUUCGAGCUCUGGCGACGGUGGAGCAGCACAGCCCACCACGGCCAUCAGCAUUGGACGAUACACAGUGGUUGCUACUGGCUGUACUCUGAAGCCACCGUCCAGGAUUAGCCGCGGCCAGAUGGCAUACUAUCCCAUGCGCAUUGGCGAUAAUGUCUUCAUUGGUAACAACACGCCUUUCCCAGCAUGGCAAAAGCACACAGCUAACAGAUUGAAGNGCCCCAACUGCCACAUCUCGGCCAUUGCGAUCAGUUCACAUGUUUACAUUGGCGCCAACGCCGUACUCAGCCCUUUCUGCAUCAUCAAAGAUAAUUGCAAGAUCCUUCCCAACACUGUGGUACCUCCCAACAUGGUGGUUCCAGUCGGCAGUAUCGUUGGUGGUAAGCCUGGCAGAAUUAUCGGAGAGAUUGGUGAAGGCUGGGGUGUUGGAACUGGGGCUUCUGGCGAGAGCUGGGUCGAGGGAGGAGAACUUCGCGAUCUGGUCAGGAGUAUCAGAUGA